AUGGCCUCCACCUCUUUGAGUACGUUACUGGACAACCCGGAUCAAGUGUCAAACGCUGGCAAGCAAGCCGCCGUGGAUACUGUGGAUACGUUGGGAAAUAGGCUGACAGAACUUGUGACGGCGGACAUGAGUGACACACAAGUUAAUGAAAUUCUCGAUUCUGUGAUCGAUGCUGUUGACAAGAUGGUUACCGGGGUAACGCCUUCCCACCCUAUGAUCAAGGAGGACCUAGAGGUUCAGAACUCCAUCAAGGAGUUUAACCUGAGGAGAAAAUACCUAACCAAGUCGUCUCUUAAGCAUGCGCGGAAGAAGCUAGAAACUGCGGACAUGAAUGAUGAGGAGCGGGCGUUCUUUUCUACACGGGCCAAACUACGGUGGAACUAUAAGAACAAUCAGCUUAAACAAAUGGCAAGAGAAGGAAUACCGAAGCUGCAGAGAACUGUCGACCAAGUGCUGAGCUCAGCCUCCACCUUCAUGGUGGAUGGACAACAACCGCUCAAGCUCACGGCUCCAAACAUGGCCUGCAGCGUUCAAAGAAAGAGCGUUAGAGGCAUCCUGCAGGAAGAUAUCCAGAGAGGUAACGUGCGCAUGCGUCUUAGGAGGAAAGACUCAUCCACUGCGGAGGAAGUAGAGGCGGAGAUACCAGAAGUAGCUACGCUUAAGACAACAAUUUUUAAUCGGAACCCUUUCACUUGGGAGAACGAACAAACAGUGGCUCGCAUCACAUCACCGACAGUGAUGGUGAAUUUGUCUACAGAUGAACCGUUUGACGAUCCCAGCAACAUGCAGGUGAUGACGUACGACAUGUCUCUUCCUAACCCAUCCCCCGUGAAGGGAACAACUGUGAGCCCCAGAUACCUGCCCUUAGAUGCGGACCAGAUGCUGUACCAUCGCCUUGAACUGAAGUCUACGUCAGAUGCCCUCCUCUUGAGCCUCAAGCCGUCGCAAGUGCCCCUGGUAUAUGACGUAUACUUCCGAUCUGGGGAAUUCCCGACGUCAAAGGAACACCACUACCACACUGUUGUCCGAUUUGAAGAGAAUGUCACCAAGGUCGCCACUUGUCCACCUGGACUUCUACCUUCGGCCGGGACGGUCUUCUUUGGUCUUAAGCCAACGCCUCUUGAUCAUCCCCGUCUGCGCCGUGACCUUUCACCUAAUGUCUCUGGUCAAGGUCAGUUGAACUCCGGCAGUAGUGAAGGCUUUAGUCAAAUCAAAUAUGGCGACUAUGAAAUCGGGGUGGCGGCCACGGGCUGUUCUCAAUGGAUGGAUCAGGGAGUAAAGUGGGACUCUGACGUCUGUAAGAUUGAGAAUAUGCCCAGUCUUGACCAGACGUCGUGUGCUUGUGACCUCCCUCUAAGCUCCAUCUUCACUAUUGCAACCACCUUCUAUCUGCCGGUGAAUAUGGUGGAUUUCUCCACCGUGUUCACAGAGAUCGACCUUCUAGACAACGCAUCAGUCUUUACCGUGGUCAUCCUCAUGCUGAGCGUUUACAUCUUGCUGGUUGUCUGGGCCAGACGCAAGGACAAAACUGACAUCAUUAAGUGGGGCGUGACCGCUCUGGCGGAUAACGCUCCAGGCCACAACCAUCUUUACCUGAUCACUGUCUACACUGGUAUGAGGAUGUCGGCAGGGACCAAGUCAAAGGUCGGAUUUGUCAUCGCUGGGGAGAAGGGGGACACUGGGGUGCGGCCCCUGAACGACGGCAUUAGGAACGGCUUCCCUAAGCAGAGUGUGAGGCACUACCUCAUGACGGUAGAAUCGUGCCUUGGGGAUUUACAGUACCUCCGAAUCUGGCAUGAUAACUCCGGCAAAGGACCUCUUGCCUCCUGGUUUCUGCACAAAGUAGUCGUAGAGGACCUCCAGGAAGACAAGAAGUACAUCUUUAAAUGCGACGACUGGUUGGGUGUAGACGAAAGCGAUGGUUUCAUCGAGAGGUUACUACCUGUUUCUAGUAAAGAAAAUCUGCUAUCGUUCAGCAGCCUGUUUUAUAACAACGCUCGCAAAAACGUCACGGACAGCCAUAUCUGGUUUUCGGUUUUGUUCCGUCCGCAGAGAAGUCACUUCACCCGAGUACAGAGGUUGUCCUGCUGCGCAUGUCUGCUGUUCCUCAGUAUGAUCUGUAACGCUCUGUUCUACCAGGGCGGUGACAACAUUGUCCAGCCCACAACCAUCAAGCUGGGCUUCCUGAGGUUCUCCGUCCACCAAGUCUACACCUCCUUCAUCACCAUCUCCAUUGUCACACCGGUAGAGCUAGCCCUAAUCUGGCUGUUCAAGAAGUCCAAGCCCCACUUGGAAGACACGCUGGAGGUAGUCAGAGCCAACGGCGGAUGCCACUCCUGUUUCAUCUCAAAGGAGAAAGUCCAGAUGGCUAACGCUCUUUUGUCGAAAGGUUUCUUGAAACCGAAAGGAGCUUUACUGCCGCAUUUCUGUGUCUACAUCGCUUGGACCAUUGUACUUAUUUGCAUCAGUACCUCUGCGUUCUUCGUAUUCCUCCUGAGUCAGCAGUGGGGCCGCGCCAAGUCUGAGGAAUGGCUCACCUCUUUUUUACUCACCUUCUUCGAAUCUCUUAUCAUUCUGGAUCCAUUAAAGGUGAUUGUGAUGGCCGUCUUCUUCGCCAUGUUUGUGCAUAAGCUGGAAGAAGAUUCUAAUGAUCUGAACAAGGAUGAGAUUCGCUCAAACUGCGGCGCAGCCAUCAAUAAUCAGCUGGCAGAGAACACCGAGUCUCCCGUAAAGCCUCUGGAGGCGGAAGAAGUGGAGAAGGCUCGCACAAUGAGGUUGAGGGAGACGAAGACAUUUGAGGUGGUUAAAGAGAUUGGGCUGUACCUUCUUUUCCUGGUGAUUAUGUGCUCCAUAGGGUACACGAACAGAGAUCCCCGAAGCUUCUCUCUUAACAGGAAUCUUCAGAACAUGCUGGUGAACAGCCAACAGGACGGCAGACUGGGCCUCAAGGACGUGACUACUGUGGAACAGUAUUUUUCCUGGCUGAACAAGACGGCCUUCCCAGCCCUCUUCCACGAGUUAUACGACAACCAAAGCCGCAGAACCUGGGGCGAUCGCUUCUUUAUCCGAGAUCUUCAAAACGUGCGCGUGGGUCCACCGAGGCUGCGUCAAGUCCGCACCGUCCACGCAUCCGUCUGCGCUGUACGAGGUAUCGCCUUGAAGGUCUGCGACACGUUCUCUGCCUCGAGCAGGGAAGAGGACUCUGAUUACUGUAUUGGGUGGAAGUCAGGGCCUUGCGCCCAGGAGGAGAGGGCUUUCAAACUGACCUCUAAAGCCUGGAAGUACACCAGCUCCAGUGAAGUCUGGGGCAUUCCGGUGUCCGGCGUGUACAACUCGUACAGCGGAGGAGGUUACAUCGCUGAGCUCAACAUCAACCUGGACGUGUCUAAAGCCGUUCUCCAAGAGCUCUUGUCCGCCUUCUGGGUGGACAAGAGGACAAGACUGCUUACUCUCGACUUCACUGUGUAUAACGCCAACACCAACCUAUUCUGCUUCGCCAGCCUGAUGUCCGAGUUCCCGGGGACAGGUGGUACCAUCACCACCGCCGUCAUCUUACCGUUCAGGGUCUACCAGUACGCUGGCACGCUGGGCAACUUUGUCUUCUUUACCGAGAUCAUGUUCAUCUUCCUUUUAGCGGUGGCAGUGGUAAAACUCGUGCUGAAAAUGGUGAAGCAUGGAGUUAAGUAUUUGUACGACUUCUGGCAUGUCGUAGACUUCGUUUCGCUCGUGUCCUGUUUCGUGGCUGUCGCCAUGUACGGACUGAGGAAGUUUAGCACAGAAAUGGCGCUCCACCGUUUCCAACUGGACGGGCGUCAGUUUGUCAGCUUUCAGCAAGUGACCUUCUGGGAUAACAUGAUGGUCGCCAUGGUGGGCCUGGUAACUUUUACCUGCACUAUCCGCACCGUCAAGAUACUCGGCUUCAGCAGGCGUCUGGACGCAAUCCUGACCGUCCUGUCAAUGGCGCUAAGAGACCUUUUCUACUUUAGCCUGAUGUUCCUAAUAUUCCUCAUGGCCUUCGUGGCCUGUGGAUACUUCAUGUUUGGACAGGAUCUCAAAGCUUACCAGACAGUGUUGACCACUCCGCCAUAA